AUGUUAUUUCUUUGCAUCUGCCUUGUAUUAAUUUCGAAUGUGAAUGGUGUGCAUUUUCUCGGUGGUACUAUUACAUGGCGCCCAUUAAAUGCAUCAGCUACUGGAUCACCUAUAGCUAUCGUUAUUACUCAAACUUAUUCGUGGACUUAUACUGAUAUGUCAUGCAGUAAUACUUUAAUUGCUACGAACGGUGAGAUUCCAUCAUAUGCAGGAGUUUCUUCCGCUACACUUGCUUGUAUAAGCAAUUGUGGUACUGGUUCUGCUGGAUAUUCUCCUAUCGGUGUUCUUCCUCGUUGCACUGAUUUUUCGAAUGUUGCUGAUACUUCUAUUGGACAACGUGUCGAUACAGUUUAUUUAAAUGCAAAUGAUAAUUUUACUGUAGCUUUUCAAAGUUCUGCUUGGCGUUCAUUAACUACAGCUUCAAGUGCGGCUUGGUCAAUCUCGACAACUAUUAAUACAAUGGUGAGACCUGAUAAUGGUCUCUAUAAUAAUGCACCUGUAGCUACUAUGAUGUCUCCAAUUAAUAUUCCUGUCAAUCAACCAACAGUAAUCAACGUUCCUGUGGCUGACGCUGAUGGAGACACUCUUCGUUGUCGAUGGUCAAAAAAUACUAAUGGAAUUGACGAAUGUGGAGAUGUGUGUCCACCAGGUUCACUUCCAGCAGGUACAGUCAUUUAUCCUAACUGUACGAUCAUCAUUACAGGUACUCAUGUAGGAGAUUGGUUUGCUAUUACACUCAUGGUAGAAGAUUUUAUUACUCCAACAAGUACAACUCCACUUAGUUCAGUACCUGUUCAGUUUCUGGUUCAAGUAGUUGCUGCACCGACGUGUACAACUCCACCUGACAUUGUUGGUGUACCUACUGAAGAAUCUUGUACAACUGUAAUUGUUAAUCAACCAUACACUUCACAAAUAUUUGCUAUAGAUAAUUGUGCUCCAUCUGUCACUAUUCUUGAUAUUGCUACACUUUCGUUUGCUGGUAUGAUCAAAAGUGAUCUUGGUAAACUCAAUUCGACAGUUUAUUACAAGAAUUUAACCUGGACACCAACUAGUGCUCAACUUGGAUAUCAAGUUAUGUGUGCAAUGGCAAUUGACAGUGCAAGCUCACAAUCAGCUCAAUAUUGUUUUAAAUUUUAUGUAGCAACUACAUAUGUAUGUUCAUGUCCUGGUGAUAUAUGUAUUACAACAACGACAACGACGACAUCAACAUCUACUAGUAGUACUUCUACAUCAUCCACUAGUACAUCAACUACGUCAACAACGAGUACUACGUCAACGACUUCGACAACAUCAACAACGUCAACAACAUCAACGACAAGUACUAGUACUACAUCUACAUCAACAACUAGUACUACAACAACAACUACUACUACAACACCUGCACCUAUUGAUUGGCCAGUAAUUGGAAGUAUUAUUGGUUUACUUGUUCUUGCUGCUUUAGCGUUAGCCACUUACUUUUGUUGUCGUUGUUGUUGUUUACUUGGUGAUAGAUUAUACGGUUUGAAAAAAGAAGGUGAUAUUGAACUGUAUCAUAUUGAACGAUGUAUGGAUCCAGAUUGUCCUUGGGCAAAUCUAUCGAUAUCAUCUAAUAUUAUUACGUCUCCUCCAAAACACUAUUCUAUUUAUCAAAUAUCAGAUGAAAGCAACUGUAGUAGCCCUAUGUCCCCAACAAUGUUAUUAUGUUCAUUCAAUAACACACCAGACUGUUUGAUUGAAGAUGCUGAUGAAACGGAUAUGUUUGAACUUUCAACUAAUAGUUUUUCUCCAAUGCUUGAAGAGCAUAAUCGACCUACAUCAGUGUCUGCUGUAUCUAUUAAAAAAGUCAAACUUAGUGAUCGAAAAUCUGCUUUAGCUAAUCCAGGAAUCAAAUCACCAUCUCAUAUGGUAAACGGUGGAAUAGAUGAUUUACCUAUUAUCAAAUCAAUAAAUAGUGGAAAUACAAAAAAAUCACAAAUUAAAUCUGCAAUAAAACCAAGAUUAUUUAGCUCAAACAUACAUCCGCAAAUAAACAAGAUAGUUGAUUCUGAUGAAGAGAUGCGUCCUAAGUCUAAAAGUACAGAUAAUGUAAGGAUUACUCACGUAACUAAUGUUAUACCAAAACCAUUGACUGAUCAAUCAACUGAUGUUAAAUCUACUUCUGUAGACAGUAAUGGAACAAAUGAUGAGCCAUUUCGUUUAUCUACUGAUAUAAAAAAUGAUAAAGUAAGUGUUCAACGUGUAUCAUCUGCUAAAUUACCAAGAAAAUCAAAUGAACUUCGUGCAUCGCGAGUUGGUACAACUGGUUCUCCAUUAGUUAAAACUAAUGAUGGUUUACGAAAUUUAGUUCAUGUCAAUCGUAUAUCGACAGCAAAGAAACCGACUAUAAGCUUAGAGAAUGAAACAAAUUCUGCCACAUCAAUUUCUCAAUUGGCACAAAAAAGGACAAAACACAAAAAUCCUAAAAAGAAUGCUGUUGAAUCGGGUGUUAUUAUUGGACCACCCUCACGACAAAAUACUGCAUAA